AUGUGGUCUUCCAUCAUCCGAAGUCCUAAGUUCGUCCGUUCCUUCUUCUCUAUCUCCUCAACAAGACCACGUUUUGUAGUUGCUUUGAGUAACGGAAUCUUCAAAUCGAAUGAGGAGCGCCUUGUCUUCCUCUUCUCGUACGAAGAAGGCGAGUCUUCUUCUUUGGUACCAAAUUUCGACAUGGCAUUACCUUGCGUGGGCUUUCGUAGCCUCGCAGCGUCUUGUCCUUCUCUCCAUGGCUUUCUCGCUGUCAAAGCUUUAGGUGGGUUAAUCAUAUGUAACCCUUCCACUGAGCAAUUCGUUAAGUUUCCCGAUCCCGUUCUAUAUCAUUAUGUGGGAUACGAUCCCAUUGAUGAUCAACACAAAGCAUUAUCCGUGUCCUUGAGUAUUCCAUUUGGACCAGUUGGUACUCCUCUAGUGCACAAGGUGUUAACAAUUGGACAAGAUAGAGGUUGGAGACAUAUUGAAACCUCCCUCUACCAUCAUGCCUUCUUAUACUCCCUUACUAGUGGCAGUAUUGUGUGUUUUCAUGUUAGAUCCGAUAAGCUAACUUACAUCAAAGCACCUCCGGUUAUCCUGGAUUAUGGUAUUAAUGGCAGUGAAGCAACAUUUAUUGAAUACAAAGGGAAGCUAGCUUCCAUUGUGGCAGACCCUUAUAAUCGUUUUCAACGUUUUGAUUUAUGGAUACUAGAAGACGUCGAGAAACAUGAAUGGUCAAAGAAAACAUGUGAGAUUCCUCUUUCCGUGUGGGAUUCUGUUGGUGGUUUCAGAAUGUCUUUUCCAGGCACCAACAAGGCCGGUGAGAUCAUUAUGGCCCCUACGAUAUUGUCACGCGAUGUUCGACCUUUUUACAUCUUUUACUACAAUGUUGAAACAAGAAACACCAGAAUAGUUAGGCUCCAAGGAAUUGGAGACAAUCAAGAGUUUAGGCGCUCCUGUGGAUUCAUAGACAAGAAUGAAUGUCAUGUACGUAUCUCACCUCAACACAUCGAAAGCAUUGCUUCCUUUAAGAAUCCUACAACUUAA